AUGGAAUCACUUUCAUUAAAAUUUAUUGAACCAUAUUGGUUUAAAUUUGUAGAUUAUUAUGGUGAAGAAUUUUUACUCACCUAUGGUACUUUUAUUGCUCAUCAAGUUUUUUAUUUUGGAUGUUUCAUUCCAUUCUUAAUAGCCGAUUUUAUUCCUUUCUUUAGAAAAUAUAAAAUUCAACAAACUAAAGAGAAUGAUUGGAAAUCUCAAACAUAUUGUGCAAUUAAAGUUAUAUUGACACAAGUACUUAUUCAAUUACCAAUGAUGUAUAUAUUUGAUCCAGCAAUUAAAGCAAUUGGUUUAUCAGCAAGAGCACCAUUACCAUCAAUUCCUUAUUUACUAUUGACACUUGUAUCAAGUUUUAUUAUUGAAGAUUUUUAUUUCUAUUGGGCACAUAGAGCAUUACAUCAUGGUAUUUGGUAUAAAUAUAUUCAUAAGGUACAUCACGAUUAUGCAUCACCAUUUGGUAUUACAGCUGAAUACGCUCACCCAUUGGAAACCAUUAUUUUGGGUGUUGGCACUGUUAUUGGUCCAUUCCUUUUCUCACGUGAUCUUUUCACUCUUUGGGUUUGGUUAGGUGUUAGAUUAUAUCAAACUGUUGAAUGUCAUUCAGGUUAUGAUUUCCCAUGGAGUUUUACAAAUUUAAUUCCAUUUUGGGGUGGUGCUCCUUUCCAUGAUUAUCAUCAUGAAGUAUUUAUUGGAAAUUAUGCUUCAACUUUUACUUAUUUAGAUAAAAUUUUUGGAACUUCUGGAAAAUCUUAUUACUCUAGAAUUGAAAAAAAAUCAAUUAAUAAAUCUGAAUAA